AUGUCAUAUCUAAGGAAGAGUCAUGUGCAUAGAAUAAAUAAGAAAGUAGAAUCCAAAAGACGAUUGUUGAGGACACACAGGAAUAGGAGGGAGCAGAAAGAGACGGAGACCAAGGUUGUGCUGGCAGUAAAAUGUUGUAGCGGACCUGAGGACACUUGCAGAGAAGAAUUGGAGGAGGAUGGCCGAGGACAGGAUGCAGUGAUUAGGGAUUGUGGAGGAGGACAGGUCGUUCCGCGCGGUAUUAUGAUGCAACUCACCGCAGUGCUCAUUGCAGUUGUGAGUGGUCUGUAUAUGGAAGAUCCAGCAGUUGCUUCCAUUGAUAAUAUUUUGUGCACUCCUAUGAUUACCAUUCAGUGCAACGUUUGGUUCCAGAACCGGCGGGCCAAGUGGAGGAGGCAGGAGAAGAUGGAAGCGGCGCGGCUCGGGCUGAGUGAAUACCAGCAGAGCGUGCAAGGGAGGACCGGCGGACCCUCCCUGUCCCUCCCGGUGGAUCCGUGGCUGGCCCCUCCUUUGCUCACUGCUCUUCCCGGCUUCCUGGCACACCCGCACACAGGCUACCCCAGCUACCUCACUCCACCCCUCCCUCAGCAAGCUGAACCCUCAACUCCGCCUCGCAGUCCGCCAGACCUGCGGACAGUUUCCAUAGCUGCUCUUCGCCUCAAAGCAAAAGAACAUGUCGAAUCACUCACCAAAGGGUUCCAAGUCACCUAA